GCCCUUCAACGCUGCCUGUCACUGCGUUGUCAACCCGGCCGCCUCCUUUACCUCAUCAAACCGCGUUCCAUGGGUCUGCCGGUGGAGGUUACCGGGGACGUAAUUACGAUUUAGUGUUAAGUCAACAAUAGUCUCGAAUGACCUGAUCGGGCCCAAAGCGCUGAAACGGAAACGUGCCCAGUAGAAACUCUACGGUCUAUGAUUUGAUCAAAGUUCUACUCCGAUCGAUCAAUAGAUCCCGGGUUUUUGAAAAGCAUUGGAACAGUGUUUUCUGGCUUGCGUAUGUCUGCGCACUAAAGGAUCCAAUCCUAUGGUUGCAGGUCUCGCUGGAGCACUAUUUUAGUGCAGAAGUAUUGAUUUGGGAAUUAGACAGGAGGGGAGAAAGAAGGCGAAGUUCGGUUUUGGAACUCACUCUAUGUUAGAAUCGUAGAACUUGUGAGGAAGUCUUGUGCUUCAUCGUGGUCACGAGCCAAGUUGCAGGAGUUGGGAAUCUCUGAGGCUCAAGUUUCUGAGUGACUUGGUAGAGUUAUUUGACAUUGAAUCGGCUUUUACAAGCGUUGUUUUUACAGCAGCUAAAUUUUAUGAGAGCUGGUUGAAUCGAAUAGAACCGUAGUCAUGGGCACAGUUCUGCGAGUAUGUGAUCUUGACAAUUCUCGUUUCAAUUACCAACUUUCAAUCGCUGUGAAAAUGAUAGUGCUAAUAUCGCUACUCUACCCCUCUCACGCACUUCGAAAUCCGAGCUACCUCAAUUUGGCGUCAAUGCGCAUAAACACCGCAGGAUUGCAAUUGAAGGAAUCAGGCAGAGGCGCAUCAGUGCUGGAAUCAUACUGCCGGGUAGAUCUAGAAGCGGUGCGAAGAAUCUUGGAACAAUCUAGCAAAGCAGUUAUCGACGAUCCCGACAACGCGCGUCGAAAUCUCGUUAGAGUGGGGGGUCUCCUGGAGUCGUGCAGCCUGAACAUGAUCACUACUCAAAAUUCGCAGGCUUACGAAUUACUCACCAAGGUUAAACAGAGCGUAGCUUCGGCUGAAAAUUUGAUCGAUCAGAGCGAUGUUACAGAGAUGGCACUUCCCUCACUGGAAAUGGGCAACGACGAGGGAAGCGAGCUGCAAGAACCUAUUUUCCAAGUGGAGGGCAAUGACUCGGUGAACGAGAACUCGGGGUCAAUGUUGAUCUCUGGGGAGGAGGAUAAUCGACAGAACAAUCGUGAUCUACUAGUCCCAGUCCCGCCUAUAAUCGGCAUAUCCAUGGACGAUUUAGUGGUCGAUUUCUGCCCGGAUCACGUAGACCUCACCAAAUAUGCCGCGACCAUCCGUUUUGAUCGAGCGUGCGGGGGAAAGUUUCACACACGUGCCAAGUAUUCCUCUGGCGUCUUCUCCAUUCGAAUGCGAGCCCCUGCUGGCGCGCCCGGUGUGAGCAAUAGCUUCUACAUCUCCUCGAACGACGGAGCGCCUGACAUGAUCAGCUUCGAUUUCGUAGGCAAUCAGCCUCACCGCGUUCUGACGGCUUACGCCGUAAACGGCGACCAUGAUCAAAAACUCAAAACCUUUCAUAUGUCCUUUGAUACCACGCAAGAGUUUCACGAAUACUCCAUCAAGUGGGACGCUGAAACUAUCGUGUGGAUGGUCGACAGCAUUGUGAUCCGCACAUUGCGUGCUUCGCGAGUUAAAGCUUUUCCUGUGAAGCCUGGGCAUGUCUUUGGAUACUCCUGGGACGCCUCCUCGGUCGCUGAUGGCACCUUGGCCGGGCGCGUCAACUGGUACAAUGCGCCGUUCUUCAUGAGCUUCGAAAAUUUCCAAGUGGCAUCGCCACUGCGAGUGGGACAAUGGCGUCCGCCGCAGCAGAGUCUAGUCAGACGAAACGGUCCCCACCCCGUUCGCCCCCUCGUGAUCGACUACUGCCCUCACAACGUCGCUGCUGCGAAUGCCCACAACUACGACAUCACCUUCGACAAAUUCGGAUGCGGAAGCCGCGUUCGGAGCCUACACACUUAUCCCUCGGGGAAAUUCAGUGCCACUAUCAAGUGCGCGGACGGCGACACGAGCGGCCUGCUCACGAGCUUCUACAUCUCCUCCGGCGAAGGGAGUACGAUGCAGGACGAAAUCGACUUUGAGUUUCUUGGGGACAACAAGCGCAUUGUGCAGACGAAUUUUUACGUGAACGGUACGUCGAGCGGGAACGAGCUCUGGGUAGAGCUUGACUACGACUGCUCUUAUGGUUUCCAUACCUACUCCAUUCACUACAACCAGAGCAAGAUCCAGUGGUUUAUCGACUCGCGACUGGUGAGAACUGUGACGAAAGAGAAGCAAAUUCGGCAUCAAAGGUCUUACCCCACCAAAAAUGUCUUCCUGUAUUCCUCCGUUUGGAACGCCUCUGACGUGAACGAUGGCGGGUGGACGGGCAAGUGGCACGGCAUGGCUGAGGAGCCCUUCGUGGCCAAAUUCAAAUCCGUCACCGUUCAAUAUCCCGCGUGAAUUCUUCACACUACCGCCCACUGAAGCGUUUCUAGAUUAUGAUCACGAAUGUAAACUAGGAUGCACGCAGCUCGAUGCUGUGGUUGAAUCCAUAAAAUUUUGAUACCAGUUGAAAUGUGGAUUAAGAUUGAACUGCCGGGAGGUAUGUACACGGCAGGAAUGACCAUCUUCUCGAUCGCUUGGAGUUCUGAAAGAGAAUACUGUCGCUGCUGUUGUGUGAUAGAUUUUUAGGCUUCACAUUGCAGUCUAGCGGUGAAUCGACUGUGCAGGGAGCUUUCGGUAGAAUAAAAUUGUAUAUUGUACGUACAGAUUCUUCAUCAAACUUUUAGUGGAAGCAAUUUAUGUUUUUAUUUUCCGCAUAGAUUGCCCUACUGUGUAUACUCAGAUUGGCAUGAAAGGUUUCUCGACCUUCGCCCAACUCUCGAGCAUUUGUUCGUUGUAAGCAUCAAGGCUUUGUUGCAGCAAUUUUCUGCACAUAUAUUAUUUGAAUGUCAAUCGAAACGAACCUCAACUUCAAAUGCAA